AUGGCAGAGGCCAAUCAAGACGAAGAUGUCAAAUCGCAGAAGCGAGACCGUUCAGAGUUCGAAGGGGAGGACAGCUCAUCCGACGACGACAUGGGCCCGCAGCUGCCCUCCGCAGCUGCUCCCAAGAAGAAGCGCCGCGUCCUCCCCUACGAGAAGCUCUACGUGUCUGCCCUGCCCAGAUCUACCCGCUACUCGAAGUCCCUGAUGCACAAGGAGCAGCUCUCCUUUGUGACCAUGACUCCCCACACCGACUUCCUGAUUACGUCCUCGGUGGACGGUGUAGUCAAAUUCUGGAAGAAAGUUGCCGAAGGCAUCGAGUUCGUCAAGGAGUUUAAAUCCCACCAGGGCGAGAUCCGGUCUGUAUCGUGUAGCGCGGACGGGAGGAGCUUUGCGACGGCCGGAGUCGACAAGACCAUCAAGAUAUUCGAUGUCAUCACGUUCGACCUCCUAGCCAUGCUGCCGCUGGAAUACACGCCAAACAGUGUAUGCUGGGUGCACAAGAAGGGUGCAAGCCUGCCUUUACUUGCUGUCUCGGACGCCGAAAAGCCCGUCAUCCACGUAUAUGAUGGCAGGGGCGAGAAGCAGGAGCCGAUACACGUGAUCAAGGGCUUGCAUAGGAGUCCAGUUAGUCUUAUGGCAUUCAACGAUGCCUACGACUGUGUGGUGUCGACAGAUGAGGGCGGUAUGGUGGAGUAUUGGAGGCCCAGCGGUUCUUACGAGAAGCCGGAUAACGUCUUCCAGUACAAGAGCUCGACAAAUCUGUUCGACUUCAAGAAGGCAAAAUCUGUCCCGACGUCUCUCACGAUAUCUCCCUCUGGACAUCAGUUUGUGACAUGGUCGAUGCCAGACCGCAAAAUCAGGAUAUUCGAAUUUGCCACGGCAAAGCUGUACAGGACGUAUGACGAGUCGCUGCAAGUCAUCGAGGAGAUGCAGCAAGCCGGCACGGCUCUUCAGAAACUAGACGCAGUCGAGUUUGGUAGACGGCUUGCUAUCGAGCGGGAAGUUGAAUCGCCGGCCUACCGCAGUAAGGCUACUGCAGUGUUUGACGAGUCAGGCCACUUCAUCAUCUAUGGAUCUAUCGUGGGUAUCAAGGUACUCAACACAUACACUAACCAGGUGGUCAAGGUGUUCGGCAAGGAUGAGCAGCUUCGGGCACUAAAUCUUGCCAUCUAUCAGGGCGCACCGCAGAAGAAGGGUGUCACUACCGUCGCUAUGGCCGCAUCGAGCAAUCCAUUGCUGGAGGAAUCUGAAGCCAGAGACCCCAUCAUUUUCGCCACAGGCGUGGGGAAGGUUCGCUUCUAUAUGUUCACCAACGAAGAAGAGAUAUCCAGGAGCACACGGGAUGUGCAAAAUGAGAAGCCCACAGCAGACGGCAAGAAGGCAAAGGCAGGACGAGAAAAGCAAAAGGAGACAGGCACUGCGGCUAUUAUACACACAACCUACGGCGAUAUCCACGUCCGCCUCUUCCCUGAUGCCGCACCAAAGGCGGUGGAGAAUUUUGUGACGCAUUCCAAGAGCGGCUACUACAACAACACGAUAUUCCACCGUGUCAUCCGGAAAUUCAUGAUACAAUGUGGAGAUCCGCUAGGAGACGGUACAGGCGGCGAGAGUAUCUGGGGCAGGGAAUUCGAGGACGAAUUCAGUAGUUUGAAGCACGAUAAGCCCUAUACGGUGAGCAUGGCCAACGCCGGACCGAACACGAACGCGAGCCAGUUCUUCAUCACGACUGAAAAAACACCUUGGCUUGACAAUAAGCACACCAUUUUCGGUCGUGCUGUCCAGGGCCUGGAUGUGAUACACAAGAUCGAGAAUGCCCGGACUCACAAGGAGAGGCCGGAAGAGGAUAUCAAGAUCCUCAACAUCGACAUUGUAUAG